AUGGCAAACUCUAUGCAAAGGAUUGUAAAACUAUCAAGUUCCUCCACCCCUAAACACAUCGAAAUGUCCCCACCACAAAAGUUGCAUGAAUUGGCGAGUUUCACUUGUGAAAUAUGCGUCGAGCCCAACUUUUUGCCAGAAUUGAGAUUUAAGAAUAGAGAUUUUUGUUCUCAUCAUUUUUGCAAUGAUUGCAUUAUCAAGUACGUCAAAGUAAAAAUUGAAGUUGAUAACACUGCAAAUAUUAAGUGUCCCGGCCUACGUUGCGACUUCAAUCUAGACAUACUCUCUUGUCGUUCGAUCCUCCCUGUUAAGUUGUUUGAAAAAUGGUGCGAUAUCCUUUUCGUCAAAAUCAUAUUGGAGCUCGAUCAUUGCUAUUGCCCUAAUCAAAAGUGUACAACGUUGAUGGUGAACGAAUGUGGCGGGGAUGUAAAGCGGUCUAUUUGUCAUAACUGUAAACAAGCGUUCUGUUUCAUGUGCAAAACUUCAUGGCACGAUGGUUUUGAUUGCGAAGAGAAUGAAGAAAUUAAGGAUGCUAAUGACGUUGCUUUUGGUGUUCUUGUUGAGAAGAAUAAGUGGAUGAGAUGUUCGACAAAAUUCUGUUAUAAGUGUGGGAAGAAUUUGAUGAGACGCACAAUUUGCGAAUGCUACUAUUCGGAGUCCCCUAACAGACUUAUAAGUUUCUCACUCCAGAAUCAGAAAAAAGGCAAAAUGGCAGCAGCUAACAGACAGAGUCUUUCCUCUUCUUCAUCCCUGCAUAUUAUCUUCUCUCUCUGGCCUCCUCUGUCACAAUGGACAGGAGCUGCUUUGGGAAAACUCAGAUCCUGA